AGGAUUUGUUGUAAUUUUGCAGAGAGUUUUGCAAAGUUUUUCCAGGGGAUGCUGGUGUGAAUGGGCUGAUCCACUGAUCGCAGCAGCAUCGAGCGCGUCGGUGCGCCUCAGCAGCCCUCAGACGUCUCCUUUCUGUCGGAUCAUGUGGAUUAUUUUGGCGUUUAUUCUGGCAGCGGCCGGUCCCGAUGGGAGCUGGGGGUGUCAGCUGCCCCACGACUGGAGACCACAGACAGAAGCGUGCCGUGCCGAGCUGGCGGAGAUCAUAGUCUUCGCCAAGGUGUUGGCACUGCACAAAGAGUCGUACAGUGUGUAUAACUACCUGCCGUGGCAGCACGACACCGACCUGCUCUUCUCCGCCGAGAUCGAGCUGCUGUGCGACCAGGCGUGGGGCAGCAUGCUGGAGGUCCCCGCUGGCUCCAGGUUCAAUGUCUCCGGCCUGGGCUACUUUCCCUGCUUCUCCUACAGUGUCACCAGAAACAACAACUACUACUUCUUUCUAAGGAUGGAUGAGAACUACAAUAUUGUCCCUCAUGGAGUGAACUUCCAGGACCCCAUUUUUCCUGACACUGCAGAUAACCACCGCAUGUUCGCCAGCCUCUUCCAGUUUUCCAACUGCACGCCUGGCACUCAGGUCCAUAGCUUCACUCCGGAAUGGGAGGCUCAGGAGGACAGCAGGUUGUUGUGUUCCACUGUGCAGAAGGCUCUCUUCGAGGAGGAAGAGAGGGUGAGGACUCUCUCCCAGAAGGUGCGCUCUUUGGAAAAAGCCAACGGCCACCUGAGGGAAAAGGUGAAGACCAUGAAACGUCUGCUGCGCCAGGCCCAACGGGAAACCACGAAGGAGCAACAGACCCUCAGCCUCAAACAGCUCUACGGGUCCAAGACGACCCAGACUCACCCGGAUCAGGACACUACCCAGGACCAGAAGAACCCUCCACUCAAAAAGGCCCUCUCCAAGAAGCUAAAAAAUUAGACUUUUUUUUUUUUCCACGGUUGUAUGUAAACCAACUUUCGCUCCCUAUGAAGCAUCACCAACAGUGCAGACUGACAGGAUAGUGAGUGAAAAGCUGGGGGAGGUGACAGCAGCAGGAGCAAGUAGGUGAUCGAAUGAAUGGACUUAAAUUGUAAUUUCAUUACAUUCGCCAUGUAUUCAACUUAUUUAAUAUGCUUAUUUCCAAAAUAAGAAAAUUUCAAGAAACCUCACCUGAACAACCAGCUUUAGUUUUAUAUCCUGGUUAAAUUGACCUGUGGCAUUGAGACUGUUAUCUACAAAAAACCCAUUCAUGCCCAUUUACAGCCUUAUCCAUAUACUGUACAUGGAAGAACUGUGUCUGUGUGUGUGUGUGCGUGUGUGUUUCUGUGUGUUUGGAGAGGGGGCUUUCACUUGACCUAUUUUGUGUCCCCAGAUCUACUAAAUUGAAGGAUUUACUGUCUCCGAGAUAAAGGAUUUGAAAGGUUUCACAGGAGAAAGAGAUCUUUAUCAGAAUCUUCUUAGCUCCUAUUUCACCCCAUUAGUCCAAAAUGAUCACUAUCUCUUUCUGAAUAACUGUUGCUAUUACCUGUCUUAACCCCCAAGUUUUACCUUUUAGUUAGUUUAGUUUAUUAGUUUAAUUCAGUGGCAACACAGUCGCUUUCAGAACAUUAUAAAUUCUGUAGCUCAUAGCUCAUAGCUGGCGGAUGCACUGUUGGAACAAUAUGUGGACAAUGUUAAAGCAUUGGAAAUUGAAGAUCUCAUUUUAUAAAUUUUUUUCCCUGUGCUGGACACAUAUUGCAUUGUAUAAGUAUUAGAAUUCAAUUUAUUAUUUCAGAAAUAUUAUCACCAAAAUGCUCCAGAUCAGCCUAUGUUGAGGAACUUCGCUCAUCCUCCAACCUGAACAGCAAAGGAUGGAGUUUAUCAUUUACAGUUUCUACUCUGGAAAAGAUGAGUUAUAAUCAGACUGGGUAGAUGUACAAGUUGUGAGCAAUCAAAAUCUUGUGUGUGGAACUAUACAAUGCUCAUACUCUGUGUAUGAGGGUAUAGUUACAGAGCAGCAGCUGUCUCAAAGCUUAAAAGCCGUUAUGUCAUCCUUCUUUUCUACCUUUGCCUGCUUUUCAUUUACUUAUUUGAUCUAUUUAUUCACUUAGAAACUCUCCCAAAGUGCAGUGACUCUUUAAAUUCAGUGAAUUGUUUCCCAAGAUUGCAUUUUUUUCAAGUUCUCCUUAACGCAAGUCCGUUCAUACACAUUGUACUGAAUGAAACUGUAAAAUUUGUGUUUGAAAACAGGGUGCUGAGCACCCUUUAAGUCCAGCCAGUGAGCCUGGCGUGGUACAGGAUUGGCUUUUUCUGUGUCAGAAAUGAAAGUUUGCUUCAUUAUACUUUCUGUAUUUGCUUUUGUUAUUAGUGUUGCUUUUUAUAAACUAUAAACAUCUGGUGUGCUUUGCCAAUAGCAUAAUCAUUUGUGUAACAGUCAUUGUAGUUUUUUUUAAAAAA